AUGAGUGGAGGUUGUUCAUGCCCAACAGUUGUAUGUCCUCCUCCUCCUCCCAUUUCUUCUCAAAAUUGUGGUGGAGGGGGAAGUUGUGGAGGGGCAUCUGGAGGGUGUGGUGGAGGAGGUGGGGGUUGUGGAGGCUAUGGAGGAACUGGAGGUUGUAGUGGAGGGUGUGGAGGAGCAGCAGGAGCUGGAGGCUGUGGUGGAGGAGGAAGUUCUGGGGGAUGCGUGGUAAUAAACUGUGAUAAUGGUUGUGGAGGUUCUUCAGGCUGUGGAGCAAGUUCAGGAUCAAGUUCGGGAUGUUCUGGAUCUUCAGGUUGCUCAGGAGGCUCCUCAAAUUGUGGUGGAAGUACAGGAGGUUGCGGGACAGGUCCUACAGGUUAUGCAAGUCGUGGUAGUUCUGGAGGAUGUGGAGGAGGAAGCUCUUCGGGGUGUGGAGGAGGAAGCCACCAAACGUACCCAUCAGCGCCCAGUUCUGGUCGAAUAACCAUCGAAUGCUCUAAAGACACAACUACAGGUAAAACUAACCUAUUCAACCCAAAUAUUUUUAAAAAAUCAGGAGGAGGUUGCGGUAACACACCAAUUAAUUGUUUACCUCAACAACCACCACAAUCUAAUAGUUAUCCAAAAAGCAGUUCUGGAGGAGGGAGUUAUAGCAGCAACAAUAAUAAUAUAGGGCAACAACAACAACCAACAAGUGGGUGUUCCACUGAUUGUUCUCCCCCUCAAGUUCAACCACCCCAACAACCACCCCAACAACAACCACAACAACCACCCCAACAAACCCUUCAACCAUACAAUCCAAUCCCUCCCCUUCCCCCUCAAAACUAUGUUGCGCCCUCUCUCCCUACAGCAGAAUGCCAAAGUGCAACGCCAAAUGAAUGUAAUAUUCUCCCUCAACCUUCUAUUAGUCCACAACCUGCUUGGUCUUCGGGUGCUGGGGGUACUUAUGCACAGAAAAACAAUGAAGGGGAUAGAGAGCUUCUACAACAAAAAGGAGAGGGGUACUCGGGAAGUGAUGGUGGUGGAUUUGGGCAGGGAAACUACGAACAGACAUCAACAUUUCCACCUCUCACAACAUAUAAACAACCACCACAAUUACCAGAACAACCACCUAUACAACCCCCUCCAAUUUCUGAACCAGAAAUUCCCCCUCUUCCGCCUACUGAUGAUUAUUUAACUUCGGUGCAGCCUGAAGAAACGACUGAAACAACUACGAGGGGAGAGGAAGAAAAAGAAAAUAAUUACAAGAGGGAUCCACCGGUUAGAAAUUUUUUAAAUUUUUUGGGAUCAAAUGUCGCUUAG